UUUCAAAUUAUUUAUAUAUAUAUUUUUAAUUCCUGAACUCUUGGUCCGGAUUUCCGCUCCGAUUAUUAUUUACGUUCCUGCAUUUCCUACUUUAAAAACGGCGACUUUUUCACUGGCAAAUAUCUGUUUUAAUGUCUCAAAAAAGAUAACAAAUCACGAUUUAACAGUAACCCUGGAUGAUGGAAAUGGUCACAAGUACACGUUCCGGUGCGACUGCUGGGUAGAGAAUGAACGGCCUGACGACGAAAGAAGACCAUCAUGGCUUCUCCGAACUGAUAAUUGUGACUGGGAUAACAAACCGAUCCCAAACUGCAAUGUUUUAGGACGUGAGACCUGUCAUACUAGCAGAUGUGAUCAAUGUGUGGAUGGGUAUCGUGUUGAUGGCGGAAUCUGUAAAGGUGAACAGUGGACGAUAACUGUUUUUGUUGACAAUGUGCAUUUCACUGAUUCCACCCGCCAUUCACUUUACGUUGACGUGGGAGGUACAGUGAAAAAUGCUUCGAAACUAGAUCUAGGCACGGAAUUUGAAGUGGGGGAGAAAACUGCGAAGAUUUAUGAUGUGAACUUGGGAAAAGUCAACUUCAUCACCUUAUACAAGAAAGGCUCUUCACUAUAUGUAGAGAAGGUGACCCUGGAUGAUGGAGAAGGUCGGGUGUACACGUUCAAAUGUAACUGCCAGAUACGAAACAAACAGAGGAUUACACCCCAAAUUGAAAGUUGCUUCUGGGAUGACCCCAUCCCAAACUGCGCUACUGUAGUGCGUGUAACAUGCCAGACUGGCACAUGUGGUAGAUGUAUUGAUGGACAUUUUCUUUCCGGUGGAUCCUGUAUUGGUGAACGUAUUCGUUUAAUGAAUGGUCGUUCACCUAAAGAAGGCCGUGUAGAGAUUUACCAUGAUGGAAAAUGGGGCACAAUUUGUGAUGACAAUAUUAAUGAAGAUGAAGCUCAGGCAGUUUGUGAGGCACUUGGCUUCAGAUAUGGAAUUCCAGUUGGCAAAGCAUUCUUUGAACGAGGAACAGGACCAAUUUUCGUGGACAAUCUGCAUUGCUCUGCAUCAGGUUCUGGCAUACAUCCUUUGCAACUAGGCGAAAGAGUUUGCUAUUUCAAUGAUUGGAGUGUAUCCAAUUGCGAUCAUGGAGAAGAUGUUGGAGUGAUAUGUGAAACAGGAGAAUCGCUGGAAAACAGAUGUCAUCAGAGUUGGACAAAAUAUCAAACCCAUUGUUAUAAGUUAUUCAGUGACCCCAAGACGUGGUUGGAAGCACAGGAUGAAUGCCGGAACCACGGUAGCAGUCUUGUAACCAUAGAAACUGAAGCAGAAAAUAAUUGGCUGAAGAAUAACCAGUUCGUAGAAGAUCAUCCUUUCAUUGGAGCAUAUACUGAUGAUACACGGACCGUCUGGAGAUGGGUGUCGGACGACUCUAUAGUUAGAUAUUCGGACUGGUUACCGGGUCAACCAAAUAAUUUAGAUGAUAACCAAAACUGUGUUCAAUUCCUGGGCAGCAAAUGGAAUGACAGAGAUUGUACAUCAUACAUAUCCAAAUUUAUUUGUGAAAAAACAGCAAUCAAAGCUCGAUUAGUUAAUGGUAGUACACCUGAUGAAGGUCGUGUAGAGAUUUACCAUGGUGGACAUUGGGGCACAAUUUGUGCUGACAAUUUUUAUGAAGAUGAAGCUCAGACAGUUUGUAAUGCACUUGGCUACAGCUCUGGAAUUCCAACUGGAGAAGCACAUUUUGGAAAAGGAACAGGACCUGUUUUCUUGGAUGAUCUCAAAUGUUUUGUAUCAAAUUCUGGCGAAAAUGUAUUGGAGCUAGGCAACCUAACUGAAUGCGAUUUUAAUGGUUGGGGUGUAUCAAAUUGCAAUCACGGAGAUGCUGGUGUGAUAUGUACAGAUGAACACGCACAUGUUCGUUUAGUGGAUGGUGCAACACCAACAACAGGUCGUGUGGAGAUUUACCAUGAUGGACAAUGGGGAACAAUAUGUGAUGACAAUUUUCAUGUAAAUGAAGCAAGGGCAGUUUGCGAGGCACUUGGCUACGUAAAUGGGGCUCCUUUUAAGAAAAACCAUUUCGGAACAGGAACAGAACCAAUCUUCGUCGACGAUCUAAACUGUUCUCAAUCAGAUUCUGGCAUCCACUCAUUGCAACUAGGGCACACAUUGUGUUUUUUCAAGGGUUGGAAUGUAUCUGAUUGCGAUCAUGGAGAUGCUGGAGUGCUGUGUAGCGGUGAGCAUGGACGUGUACGUUUAGUGAAUGGUAUCACACCAAAUGAAGGCCGUGUUGAGAUUUAUCAUGAUGAAGAAUGGGGAACAAUUUGUGAUAAUAAUUUCGAUGAAGCUGAAGCCCAUGCAGUAUGUGAGGCACUUGGCUACAGGUAUGGCACUCCUUUUGGGAAAGCACACUUCGGUCGUGGAAGGGGGCGUAUAUUCGUGGACGAUCUAGAAUGUUCUGAACCAGACAAUGUCGCACAUUUAUUACAACUAGGACAAACAGUGUGCUCUUUCAAAGGUUGGGAUGUAUCCGAUUGCAUCCACAGAGAAGAUGCUGGAGUGAAAUGUGAUCAUGCACGUGUGCGUUUAGUGGAUGGCAAUACACAACAAGAAGGCCGUGUGGAGAUUUAUCAUGAGGGACAAUGGGGAACAAUUUGUGAUGACAAUUUCCGUAAAGAUGAAGCCGAGGCAGUUUGUGACGAACUUCGCUACAGGUAAAUCAUAACUAUAAUUUGAAUAUUGACAAAUACUUAUAUAGUUGUG